AUGGCGCGGAAGUACAGUACCUCUGAUGUCCCUGCAAACGAGGAGGUGACUGAACAGACUUUGGAAUCUCACGAAGUGGUCGAGCUUCAGGCUUUCGUUCGGCAUAGAGAAUGGAUAGAGGACAAGAUAAAGUACCUAGAGAGUCUCCCUCCCAUCGACAUAUUUGCUGGCGUACAAGAGCUUGAGAAGACUUAUGACCAAAUUACCACGUUGCCAACACGUGCCCAACUCGACGAGUGGAUUGCUGAACAUGACAGAAUCGACAAGGAGACGGAAAUACUAGACACAGGAGAUCUCAAGAAACUAAAGGCAGUGACAAGAGCUGCAACUCAAAGAAAUUUAUCACCCGAAGACACGGACCUCAUUGAAAUUACCCUAACUACGCUUUUUGCUCUGGACAAACUGCUACAUCUUCUUCGAGAUCGAUCUGAGCAAUUAGAUUUAUUUGGUUCACGACUAAAUUGGGAAGAGCAACGUGCAUUAGCAUAUUCAACACGAGUCGACCUCAUCUCACAAAUUCAAUCAUUUCUCAACAAUCGGGCACGAUGGAAGGCUGAUAUCUAUGUCAGCAAGGAUGUGCUUGUUUCCGAUACAUCUGGCUCAUCUUCGACCGCUCCGCCCAAUGAGCAACCCGAUCCAUUCUCUCGCAGUGCAAGGUUCAAACUGGCCGAGGAAAUAUCGCGAGAGGUCGUUCAACAUUCAAGCAAGAUUUCAUCCCUACGUCAUGGUCCAGUGCUAAGGUCCGGGAAAGCUUUGGAUAAGCUUAUUGACGACAGCCGGAAACCAGUUCCUGAGCCAAUGUUGGACGAGCAGGAUCGGGUCGAGGAGAAAUGCGAGAAAGACUUGGCUGCAGUCGGGAAGUUCCUUAUGACAGUUAACAUGCAAUGGAGAAAAGCUGACGAAGUUUACGUUGAAACCCGGAAAGACCUCGCAGCGCUGGAGACGCUCUCGAACGAAGUCAAGGAGGCUUUAACUCGACAUCCUUCCCGUGGAAACGAGGUCUCGUUUACUGGUCGUAUCGAAGCUAUCAAGAAGAGGCUCCAGUCUCGCAUGGAUCAGACAUUGCCGUCUGCUCUGCCCAUGCCCAAGCAUCCUCUCUUCCCAGAUCAAGUUUCUUUCAACGUCGAGCUUGUUAGCACUUUGACGAGUGAGCUCGACAGAGCUCAAUCCUCCCUUUCAAAAGUCAACCAGAGCAUUAGCUCAUACAGAACGGCAUGUGAUACUCUCGAAGAAGCUGAAAAGUUGCGGAAGGCAAUAUUAGAAUUAGGAGAGGAAUCCAGGACGAUUACGGAGCGCUUACAAAAUGGUGUUGACUCAGAUGAUAGCAAUGGGUUACCGCCAGAUCUUACUCAAAAUUCUUGCGUUGAGCCUGUGCAGUUUUCUACCUUCCUCGCUGUAUUACCAUCUCUAUCUUCUCGAUCAGCGGAGCUAGAGGAGGCAGCUUCGAAGUUAGUCAAGCGAGCUCGGAUGUCAUCUCUCCGCUUGGACAGACCCGGCAUCGAUGGUGAAUAUAAGCAUGCCUUUGUUAAAGACAUCGAAGACCUGGAGAGCCGGAUCCACAAUAUGGCGAGAGUCAGAAACGACGUGUCGAGAAGUGCUAGUCGGCUGCGAGAGGUUCGGCGUGUCUGGUCUGCAAUGGAUGGAGUGACUAAGUCCUUGGAUAACAUCACUCCUGAUAUCACGGAGGCACUUUUACACAAUCGAUGGAAACAACAAGUAGGCGGUGAAUCGGCCCCGCCUACUCCCGAGAGUCCAAAGUCCGAACUUCCUGCUGCUUCUGCGACACCUGAAUUGAUCAACGAGCGGAUCGUUUCAGCCAAGGAGCGCCUUGAGAAAGACGUUAUCGAGCCUUUCAUAGCCCUUGGAAACGAGAUUCCGGCUCCGCUUCAUGACUUUAUUUAUGCUCGGCAGAUCUCGAUAGAAAGAAGUAUAUUCGAUUUGCAGAGCAUGAACAGACUUUUGGCGGAUGUCCGAGGCCAGACAUAUGCUAUGGAGACUAUUCGCGAGGAGGUGCACACAUUAGAGGGUCGCAUCGAGGAUUCGAAGAUCCAGUACGAUGAUCACUACGAGUCCAUGCUACGCAGCGUUGAGUCUGGCUCUGAACAGCUAUUAUCUGCCCCCGCUGAGAACGAAGAUGAACAAAUUAACGCCAAGGGGCAAGCCCUUUCGCGCAACGUAGACUCAGUGCAGACAGACGUGAAUAGCCUUGUUGACUCCCUACCAACUCGUGUACCAUUGAUCUCCCGACAUUCAUCGUCCUCAACAGAAGCAAACCACUCAAGCAGGUCCCGCGCCACGUUCGUUGCUCGAUUGCCAUUCGAUCCUUCGACCGUCGAUCGGAGCGUGCGCAACGAUACAAACGCAUAUGCCAUGCGAUUAACUGGCGGGGUCAAGUCGCUACAGCAGAAACGAUCGUUUAGUGCGUUUUAUCGUGCUGCGCGCGACAUGAACAAGCGUGCAUUGCUCGUUCAGAAGGAUAUUCGUUCGCUCAAUGAACAGUUGGAACAGCAUGCGCGAGACCUUGAGGAACUCGCGGACGCACCCUUGGAUGGCACUGAGGAUGGGCUUUCCGCACUUGCAGCACUGAAGGAAUCCCUCGAGAGUAUCGACAAUGCCGAGGCUGCACGCUUGCGUAGUUCGAUUGCCGCGCUGCGUAACGAUGUUUCCAGCAUGGAAGGCGUUCCUAGUGUACAGGAGGAGCAUAACACACGAGACGUGCUGAGCUCUCGCCUUCGCACACUAGACGACAUAGUUUCACACUCAGAGCGCAUCUUCGAUAGGCUUGAAUUACUGAAGGCUAGCGUCGUCCGGGCUGAGCAAGCUGAGCACGUGAGGAUCGCUGAGAUAGCUAGGCUGGAGAAGGAGGCUGCUGAAGAAGAACUUAGGAAGGAGGCUCAACGUCGCGAAGAAGAGGAGCGGGAGGCUGCAAGAAGGGUACAAGAGAGGUUCGAGGAAGAGGCUAGCUUCUCGCUGGUUGAUGAAAGCACCCCGAAACGCGAUAUGCGACACCCAGGUUUCUCUAUUGAAGAUGACGUGUUCGGACACGGCAGCCCUUCACGGCAAAUGGACAAGGAGACAGCUGAACUUCUGGCUCUCAUCCGUUCAUUAAGAAAGCAGCUGAAGUCUAUUGGUCUUAAUAGCGUUGUCCGACCGUCGGGUGCUUCGCACCGUCGUUCGUCUAGCGCGAACUUACCACCUCCUGAAAUAGCGGAAGGUAUGGCUGCGGAUUUUCAAUCUCUGGAGAUGGAAGCUGGCAAACUUCCUACGUCAGCCGAGAACUCCACCGCGGACACUGAACUUCGCUCUCUGCGCUUGGAAAUAGAGGCAUCCCGCGAGCUCCUAAGCCGAGUUAAACAACUUUCACGAAUGCAAGCUUCUGUAGUGCUCUGUGAUACCACCUUUAGUACCUUCUUGGACUUCAUUGACAGUUAUCCGAACUGCCCAAAGCCUAUUGAUGGUACCGACGUGGAUUCACCUGAGUUGGACGUCUACGAAACACCUGAAGAACGUCUGUCUGCGAAGAUGUCUCAUGCUAAGGGUGUAUUUAGCGACAUGACCGAGCAUUUCGCGCCAGUUGCGGACGACCCUAGGGCAAUAGCGGAGCAUAGUCGUUUGAAGCAAACUUGGGAAGAACUUAUGGAGAUGGCACAAGAGAAGAUCAACGGUCUUGCGUCUCGUGCUGGAAGUGUUACGCCGUACAACAGUUCCGGGAGGAACAGCGUUGCGUCAUCGAGAAGUGGGAAUGCAUCGGAUGGCAAGCGAAGCAGAUAUUCCAAUCUAUCCAUUAGUGGACGAGACGGACUGUUGGCCCCUUCAACCUUGAAAGGGAGGAGGGCAACUUCUGCAUCCUCUGCUGGAUCAGGAUCAGUCAAGCCAUCUCAACAACAUUCAUCGAGGCCAGGUUUACCUGUUCCAAAAAUUGGCAGCGCGCGUUCAGUUUCAGGUCCAAUGAAGCAGACCACGCCUACCGCAACCUCUCGUCCAAGCUUCUCUCUAUUCAACUCAACCUUCGCUUCAAGGCAGAGGACAUCAAGCGUCUCUUCUAAUACGUCUUCGAUCGCUUCGGUUAGUAGGAUUCCUUCUGGCAGUAGAAUACCCGCGCCUGUCACUACCAGGAGGCGCAUGUCUUCGACCCUUUCGGAGAUAUCGCGGCCAACGACUCCAGCGAUGUCAACGACAAGUAGCCGGGGAACUUGGUCCAGAGCACCCAGACAGUCCUUUAGCUCUUUCCCGAGAGCCUCAACACCCGAGAGGACUCCACGGAAACCCAGGCAGAAAUAUGUAGCCAACCCGAAGAACAAGCUGGACAUGGCUUUGGGAGAUGUUAUUAACAACCUACCUGUGGAUAUUAAUGUUGAGGCUGUCACUGAUACGUGGAAGGAUAAGAGCGGGAAGUAUUGGAUUGGUGGGAACGAGCCUAAGCUUUGCUUUUGUCGAAUAUUAAGAUCGCAGACUGUCAUGGUUCGGGUUGGCGGUGGCUGGACAGAGCUUUCCAAGUUUAUCAAAGAUCACUUCUCAGAUCUCUUCCGCAUGCUCCCAGAAACUCCACCUCGUCCGGGCUCAUCAUCGAAGAAGGAAAAAUGGAUCAGCGCAGCAAGUCUACGGAACGCCGAAGAUGCGAACUCCUCUGGUUCACCCGACUCCAUCACACGAAACCUUCCUUCAUUCGCAUUCUCAACGCCAGACGGUACACAAAAGUCCGGCUCACCUAUUAGUUCUCCACUAACGCCUAUCCAAUUUAUUCGCCGCGCUGACCCAGAAGCGUCAGAAAUCUCCUUAGCUUCAAUUGGUUUCUCGAACGAUUUAUCGACGAGUGGUAUCACUGGUAUUUCUUUGUCUGGUGCUGCUGCAUCUUUACGACCUAAACGGCGUAUGUCUUCUACUUCUUCUGCUAAGAUCGCUUGGAGACCAUAG